GACAAUUAGACAGUCUCAUGGAAAAGUUGUUUUUUGCAACACCUUGCCUUAUGCUCUGCACUCAUCCUCCUCCUGCUGCUACUAAAACUUUUGCACUCGCUGACUAUUGCUCGUCAACCAUGAAGAUGAUUGUCAUAAGCCGAUUAAUUGCAGCCAACAGCACAGGAUAAUGUCAAAUCAGACAUAUUCAUAUAGCACAUAAAAAACAACACGGUUGAGCCAAAAUGCUUAGCAAACAUGGUGAAAGAAAGACAACACAAGUAUGGAUAAAAAGACAGUCAAAUCAGUGCAAGAGAAAAAUGAAAAUAAAAAGAUAAAAAGCUGCCCAGAGAAGCCUAAAUGAAUACAAAACCAAUGUUAGAUUAUUGUGAUGUGGGGUAAUCUAUAUUUUUUUAUUUAAUUUAUUUUUAAUUAGUGAGUGGGAUACUCAUAUUAAGGUGCUUGAAUUAAGAGAGUUGCAUGUCCUCUUUGUACCUGAAACAUGUGGGAACAUGAAAGGAUUGGACUGUCCAGUGCCUAAUCAAUUAAUUGUGUCACAUGAAGCCAAAUCUGUAAGAAAUUCUGAAGACAAAAAAGUGUGACAAAACAAGCAGACGUUUAAAAUGCAGAGUGUGGGGAAGAGACUCGCUGACUGGUAAGUCAUAAGACUCUGUGAACCUUCAGUACUAACAGAGAGGGCUGAAUCAAUUAGUCAGACUCAGUGCUCCUGCUCUCUCCAACAGCUGUGAUGCUGAUUAUCCCCAAACACCGAUCACAUAUUUGGCAUAUCAGCAUGAUUAUUAGGUACAGAAGGUCAGAGUUCGAUUCCAGGUCAUCCCAGUGUGGGCCCUUAUAGGCAAGGACCUUAAUGCUAUACCUAGGCCUUGGUCUCGGUAAUGUAAGUUGCUUUGGACAAAACCUUUAGCAAAAUGAUAAUGUAAUGGUCUGAAAUUCAAAUAAUCAUUCAAAUGAGUGAUGAUGGUGAAUAAAUGUUACAUUACACAAAGUGUAUGAGGAAUGCAAUGUUGCCACAUCACCCUAACAGGCCAAAACAAUGGAUUCAAAUUUGGAAUUCAGAUUGUGCUGAUAUCCUGUGACUGUAAUUUGCCGUUAAGCUGGUGUGGACAUUGCAAGCGCAUGAAUAACCCGACAGAGCAGCUGAAGCAGUUAAGUCAUAAGAUCCUUCGAUUCACCACUUCCAUGAAAAUGGCUCCUGUGUGACUGAAUUGUUUGCAACAUGCAACAUGGUCUUUGCCCAAGACUAAAACAAUUUCUAACGUGUAGGCCAUGAUAUUAAUCCCAGGUGUCUGUCCAUUUCUUUCUCCUCUGCUGUUUCAGCAGCUUCCAGUUUUCAGUGUAUUAUUCAAAGUGGGAAUAUUAGUGGGGGAUGCUCAGAAUCACAGGGGCUGUGGUGGAGCACAGAUCAGUCAUGGCAAAAGAAAAUACCUCUGCGCCGGCUUUCGUUACGCAUGGCAUGAUUUCGGUGGAUUUGGUCCUUUGUUGUGAGGUUAACACCGUGUUGUUUUCCACAGACCAGCAUGGGACAGAACCAGGACAAACUGGAAGGGGGAGAGCAGGCCCCUGGCGACGGAUCGGAGGAGGCGGUGCUGUGCCCUGACCCUGUAGGUGCGGGGAGUAAUUCUGGUGAUGUCAUGGAGGAAGGACGCUCCAGUGAGGAGGAGGCCGGUAAUACCGGAGGAAAUUUAGGGGAACCAGACACACAUGAUCUGGUUGAGAGCCCCGGCCAGGAGCCAACAACACCUUCUAGUGAGAAGCACAUAAAUUUGUGGGUGAGUCCUUUCGCUGCACAGGAGGUGAGACAGGGAGGGGCUGCAGGAAAGGAAGGAGGAGGAGGAGACAGAGGCAGGACCAUUCUAUUAGUUCCAAAGGAGACGAACGAGAACCAAAAGAGUGGUUCGAGGGUUGAGGAAAGAAUCACAGCAUACAAGCUGUUCAGUCAAUUCAAGAGAGAGGAAAGGAAAACUGAGCAGGAGCUUCGAACAUCCUCAAAAAUCAAGAUGGACAAUCCGGAUGAAGGAACCGGCCCACAUGAGGAGAUACAAGAUGAAAGCCUCUCAGCUGGAGUCCCACGUGAAAGGUAUGGCCUUGCUGUUACCUCUGAGGAUGCAAACUCUUUUGACAACACUGAAGAGGGUGCUGUUGUGAUGAAGAUGAGCGGGAGUGGAAAACAUGCAGGACGCAAGUUGCUGUCUGUUCAAGAUCAGAAUGAGACCAUGUUGGCUGAAGUUGAAGAGCCAAGUGCAGGAACAGUGGGCAGCUUGAGUAAGAGGAAGGAACCGCCUCCAGCUCAACCCCAACAUCCUUUGAAAAACAGUCUGCAAAAAGAGUCUCUAUUAGACAUGAGUGAUACCAUUCAUUGUAGACCUCCAAAUGCGAGAGCAGAGAAUAAUACAAAAGAGGAAACACUUGCGUGUGAGGUGAAGCAAGUACUGAAUGACUACUCUUCGAGGAAAUCAAAGGUCACUGGCAUUGAUGAUCAAAGGGAGUCAGUAAGCCCUAAUCUACAAAUGGACACAGUCGAAACCAACGCAAACGAAAAGAUAGACUCGGAUUCGGCAUCAAAUCCAGUCUCAGCCAUUCAGCCCAGCUCUAUUUUGGAGAGGCUACUGAAGAGAAACAGGAAGGAGCCAACCACAGCUGAUUCUAAAAUAAAAGAGGUUGAAUUUGACAGCAAAGACACCAUGGAUGUUCCUGUGGAGAGUACAACAGAGAUAUCCAGUGAUAGGAUUGAUCGGUCAGAAUGUGACCUAGGGGGGGUUGUGUCCGCCUCUGCAGAUUCAAAAAAGAAACCACCUAAAAGAAACCUUGCAACAAAGGAACACCACAUUAAAGACUUCUGUGAGAGCACACGGCUAAAUCCAGAUUAUCCCAAGAGUUCAGAGAUGAACAUCAAAUCAACAAAUGCUUCUUCAAAUGUGGGCGCCUCUAAAAACUUCACCUCAGACAACUUACAAUCAUCUGUUUCACAUGAAAGAAAGUCAUGUGAAGUAAGUGUGAUCACUGAGGACUCUACACCUUCCUCGGUGUCUGAUGCAAAGUCCCUUCCCACAAAAGGUAAUGGGCAUAUGGCAGAGUCAUGCCAGUCACCUACUGCUGAGAAGACGGACACCAGUGCUGUAAGACCACCUCCACAAAUGAAGAGCGACAGAGUGAGCAAAACUGAUUCACAGUUAUCUGGCUCUGAGAAGGAAGAUUCUCCAUUUGUGAGGAGAAAGAAGGUAAAGAACUCCACAGAGGGCACCGCUGCACCCGGUGCAGAUGGUCAUUCAGCUCUGGCUGCAGGUUUCGCAGGGGUCACGAACAGCAUCAGGCCGGAUCCCCAUGUGACUCUUAACACAGAAAAUAUAACAACGGACCAACCGGAAAAAAAACCCGCUAAUGAGAGAGGCGACGGUGUCUCAAUGAGAGAUAAGUCACAGAGCACUCCUAAAUCUCGGCCCGUCUCAGAACUCAUAAAGGAAACAAUUCAACUGCAUGAAAAGCUGCAACACCAGGACCGGCAAAAGCCAACAGAAGUCAAGUCCGAUGAGCAGGGCCAGUCCAUGAAGGUGGCACAGAUGAAGGCCGCUUUUGACCCGCCUCAGAAAUCCCCAGACAGGGCAAUCGAGAGGAAGCCGUCAGUGAGAAAAGAUAUGAAACGAGCUGUUGUACGGCAGAGCAAAUUCCGUCAUGUCUUUGGCCAGGCGUUGAGGAUUGACCAAUGCUACGAUGAUAUCCGGGUUUCAAGGGUCACAUGGGACAGCUCCUUCUGUGCAGUCAAUCCCAAAUUUGUUGCCAUAAUCAUCGAGGCCAGUGGUGGGGGGGCUUUCCUCAUUCUCCCUCUUCACAAGACGGGACGCAUUGACAAAUCCUACCCCACAGUGUGUGGUCACACGGGACCAGUGUUGGACGUGGACUGGUGCCCCCACAAUGAUCAUGUUAUCGCCAGCGGCUCCGAGGACUGCACAGUGAUGGUGUGGCAGAUUCCUGAGAAUGGCCUCGUCACUUCCAUGUCUGAGCCUGUGGUGGUACUGGAGGGCCACUCCAAGCGCGUUGGGAUCAUCACAUGGCAUCCAACAGCACGCAAUGUCCUCCUUAGUGCAGGCGGUGACAACCAGAUCGUCAUCUGGGACGUGGGCAAAGGUGAAGCCAUGAUCACCCUGGAGGACAUGCACCCGGAUGUCAUUUACAAUGUGUGCUGGAACCGCAACGGUAACCUGAUCUGCACCUCCUGCAAGGACAAGGCCGUCCGUGUCAUCGACCCCCGCAAGGAGACGAUUGUCGCUGAGAAGGACAAGGCACACGAUGGCGCUCGACCCAUGAGGGCCAUUUUCCUGGCUGAUGGCAACAUCCUCACCACAGGCUUCAGUCGCAUGAGUGAGAGACAGCUCGCCCUCUGGAACAUGGAAAACAUGGAGGAGCCCAUGGCUGUUAAUGAGAUGGACACCAGCAACGGAGUGCUCUUGCCGUUCUAUGACCCAGACAGCAACGUUGUUUACCUCUGUGGGAAGGGGGACAGCAGCAUCCGUUACUUUGAAAUCACAGAUGAGCAUCCAUAUGUUCACUUCCUCAGCACCUUUGUCACCAAGGAGCCCCAGAGGGGCAUGGGCUAUAUGCCCAAGAGGGGCCUUGAUGUCAACAAGUGUGAGAUUGCAAGGUUCUAUAAACUUCAUGAACGGAAGUGUGAGCCGAUCGUGAUGACUGUGCCUAGAAAGUCUGAUCUGUUCCAGGAUGACUUGUACCCAGACACAACCGGACCAGAACCUGCCCUGGAGGCUGAGGAGUGGUUUGAGGGAAAGAAUGGAGAGCCCAUACUCAUCUCCCUGAAGAACGGCUAUGUUCCAGGCAAGAACCGUGAAUUCAAGGUGGUCAAAAAGAACAUUUUGGACAGCAAGGUGACCAAGAACGCAGAGAACUCGUGCCCAGCCAACAAGUCUGCCUCCCCGACGCCAUCGAUUAAAUCCGAAGCCAAGCUGGAGGAGAUCUUGAAAGAAGUAAAAUCCCUCAAGGACCUGGUCAGCAGUCAGGAGAAGCGAAUCAUCAAACUUGAAGAGCAAAUGUCCAAAAUUGCCAUUUAAAGACCCUCUCCCAACCCGCUACAAUUCAGGAUGUUCCAUUGGCUGGGUGGUGGGUAGGACCGGUCACUGCCUAGUUCAACGACAGUGUUCAUCUGAGUUUUGCCCAGCAACGAUCCCUAGCAACAUUCCAGAUGAACUUCUUCUUAGCCAGCCCGACCCUCAGUUUAACACAGGUGGAAUAAGAAGGUGUGGCAAAUUUAACAGAAAAAUACUCUUGCUUUUUGGUGACAAAGGACUUCUUUUAUUCUGGGGCAGACAUAUUUUUUUUAUUUUGUUUUCUUAUAUAAAAAGGUAUUGCGUAAUUCUUUUUGUUUUAGAGUAAUGGCCAGGAAAAUUCCAAAGUUGGCAGUUCCCAUUGAUGAUUGUAUACCCAAAUAUUUUUUUUUUUAAGUAGGUAUCAGUGUUUCAUGUCACCAUAAUCCCAAAUUAUAAUGUUGCCAAACUUAAAUUUUGUUUACACCCCCUUAACAGUAUUUAUUUCUCUCUCUUUUUUGGGAAUAUUCAAAAUGCAAACAGGGAAGCCCAGUUUAGUAGACGGAUUAUACAAGGAGAAGAAUUUCACCAUUCACUUACUAUGAAAUUAAAUCGUUGGGAAAAGAAAGAUUGACCUCGCAAUACUCUGUUAUGAAAUAAAUUCGGAUUGAAUGCACAUUUAGCCGCCGCUGUCGACACCAACAACGAGAUGAAUCACCAUUGCUGUCUGAGCUGAAGCUGCACAAAUCCUUACCUGCUUCCUGCAGUUUCUUUUCAUUCCUCUCGCUUUUCAUCAGUGACUGUGGACACAAUAGUCCAUGUAAACAUGCAUUCCUUUCCAUCUUGCUUCUAUUAACAUGCACCAUGUGCUUAUUAGGGAAAAUUACCAAUACAUUCCACAAAUAUUUGAUUGGCACUUCUUGGUGUGGGGAAAAAUCCUCAUAACAUUCCUCUCCCUGUAAACACGCUCCUGGAGUGGCUCAGAUAAACUGGUCGUUUGUAUUUCAUGUGCUGCCCACGAACAGACCGACUCUGUGGACUUUCAACCUUUUUACAGAACGGCGUCUGGUCAGCCCUGCUUUGUUUUUGCGAGUGGGUCAGUCGGCAACCUCAGUGUUUAAUAUUCACUGGGUUGGGUCAACACACGUCUGGUCAAGUGUAGUGCGAUUAUUUUUUGUCACUGUUCUUUUGCAUUAAACACCAUCUCAGAUCUGUAUUUGGAAGGAAUUAAUGUGAAAUGACACAAAGUAAUCACACAUCGACAUGACUUUUUAAAACCAUCGGGUGAUUAAACUGGAGAUUGUUACAGAAUCUGUCCACGAUCGACCUUUAAGGCCAAGAUUGUGGGUGUGAAUAUAUGUGCCUCAUGUCUUUGGCCUUUCUGGCACCCGUCACUAUGGAUGUUCCUGCUUUGUUUCUUCUUGAGGGACAGGGAGUUCUUAAACAGACUCGCGGUAGAUCAUCCACGACUUGCCUCCAACCUGGAUGAACUGAAUAGUUCACUGUUAAUUUUACCCUGUUUCUUGUUCCAACUGUGCUUAUAUCCCUCUUAGCACUUCCACUCCUUAGUUUGUUUGUUUUUUAAAUGGUUAUUUCUCAGAACCCCCCCCCCCCCCCCCCCCCCCCCCCCAUUGAGUAUAGUUGAUACAAAAACGAUGAACCGCUGAAUUAUUCAAUCUGAGCUGUUUUGCUAUGAUAAAAGCUCUAUUUUCUUGAUGUUGUAGAUUUGCUUCCCAGGGGGAAGCUGAGACGGGUAAAGGUUCAGUCUGUUGUUUUGCCUUCAAUAAUUGUUACCACUGUAAAGACCUGAAAGUGCCAUAGAGGCGACCAUGGAAGUGUUUGUAGGGGACUGUCGUGUGAGUAGAUUUGUGUAGUGAAGGGGAGAGUUGGUUGGUGCCUGGAUUUAAAAAACACUUUGAGGUGCUAUACUGAGUACAAGAGCAGGACCCUGUUCCUUGAGCCACGUGGAUGACGCCAUGGAAUCCUGCCAGCGCUUCCCACAGUUCACCAGGCGUUGUGGCUUCAAGAUGUAAAGUGAGCAGCUAGUCUUAGAUUACCAGUGACAGGUAUUCUACAGAAAUGUGGACCUGACACAGAUCACACUGCCCUAUCUUGUGUAUCAGACUGCCACCGUAGAUUCUUCAGAGCACUGUCGGCACGAGAGCAUAGGUUUUGCGGAGUAGUAGUGAAUAGCGAUCCAAAGGGACACUGUAGGUUGGAGAAAUGUGCAGUUGAAAGAUAGAUGUAUGUUUGUAAUUGAGGUCUAGAAAAUGAGUGAAAGCUGUGUAAAUAACAUGACCAUAUUUUCUGUAAGUUCUUUUCCUCUUUUUUAUUUCCUUUUUUGUAUUGUGGUUGUGCUGAAGAGGGUAAUUUGUAAGGGAGGUGGGUUAUAAGUGUUUCCCCUUGUCUGUGUUCCCUGCACCUUGCCAUAACGCACCGUGAGACAACAGCACCUCUGUUCAUAUCGGAGGUCGAAUGAAUAUCGAGAGAGAAAAUCGGACAAACACGAACCAGGAUUAAGACUCAUGUCGAGGUCUGCUCAGCAUUUUUGUUCAUUAUUCUUGCUUCAAGUAUCAAACAUUGAUUAUAAGAAAAAUUAAUAAAGAAUUUUUAAAAUG